AAUGGACAUCAUCAUAAUCACGUUGAUGAUGAUAAUGAAUCCUUUGACUACAGAAGCACAAAAAGGUGAUCCAUCAUUUAUGCCGAAAAUAAUGCCCAUAACAAGUACGGUAAAUCGUACCGGUGUACAACGUGUUUAUUGUACGGCAAAUUCCCAGACAAUUGGCCAAACAUCAACAUUUGCCGUGGUGAAUAAUCGUCUUUAUCAAUUCAUAUAUGACAUGAGUGUAAUAAUUUUUGAAGAUCUGGAUGCCCAUUAUAAUGAUGAUCAACAACGUUUCUUUUUGGAUAUCGGUACACGUUAUGAAUUGAUGGAAGAUUGGGAAAAAAUGCUCGCAGCAGAUAUGGAUUAUAUUGGACGUUAUCGUUUUAUAAUGAAAAAUGUACCAGAUGAACGUGAUUGGCGCGUUACGAUGGCAAUGAUAACACAUCCAUCAUAUGGUGCCGGAUUCUUUUCAUAUCUGGGAUUUUCACGCUAUUUUUAUCUACUGUUUGUGAAAUGGGAUAAACAACCACCGGCAACAAGUAGUGAUGUACCACAAUCACAGCAUAUAAUUCUAUCGAAUUAUUCAAUCAUUGUUUCGAUAUCAGCGGAAACGGAAUAUUUUGCUUUAGUACUAAGAAAUGAUCCAACAAAUGGUGAAGACCUAGUUUUUGUUUAUCAUCAACAAAUCAACGAAAAAUCCGUACCAAAAGGUACAUUUUGUGAAAGUGAAACCGGUGAACAAUAUUUUCAUCAACGUAAACCAAAAGAUAUUUGUAAAACUGGUUCACAAUUAUCACAAAUGAUGAGAGAAUUUAAUUUUGGAUUUACUGCCCGUAAAAAUCUUUAUCUUGUUGCAAGUGAAGAACAAUAUGUUAUAGUCAUUGAUAUUGGUGUAUUGAAAUCAUACGAUAUGGAAUAUCCAUAUCAACGAUACUCGUUGGAUGAAGUAUUUGUUUGUACUGCGGCAAGAUCACCGGCUAUUUAUCCAACAUUAUAUCCAAAAGGUGCUAGGCCAAAUAUUGAAUCAGCCGAAUUCUUGAACAACAUGGAAUCUGGUGGCGGUGGUGGUGGUAAUACAUGGUUAUUUACGCCAACCGUAUGGCUGAUUAUUGUUAGCCUGAAUUUUGUUUUAGUCAUAUUGAUAGGUGCAUUAUGUUUAUUAUAUGUAUCAAGACGUAAAAUUCGUGCACGUUCGGGAAAACCUGGUUUUGGUUCAUUAUGGUCAUCAGUGUCAUCAUUGUCAUCAUCAUCAUCGGCAAGUGGAAUAUCAUCGCGAUCAUCAUUCUCAUCAUCAACUGCAUCGUCAAAUGUUGGUAGCUCAUUUUCAUCUCGUGCAAGUAGUGGUGUAUCAUCAUCGACAGCAUCCUCAAGUGUAUCAUCAGCCGCUUCAUCCGGUGUAUCAUCAUUUCAAUCCAAAUCAAAUGUUCCCGGCGCAAAAGGAAAAUUUUUUCGAAAGAAAAAAUAUUCGAAAAAGAAAAAAUAUCGUAUACCAACAUUUGGUCGAUCCAAACUAUCGAAUGCAUCAUCAGCACAAUCAUCAGUCUGGAAAUCAAAAGUUGGAUCAACAGCAUCAUCACGUGUAUCAUCAUCAAGAAUACCAUCAUCAGCCGUAUCAUCGAUGCAAUCAAAACAAGGUGGAAAGAAAAUGAAAUGGCAACAGUCACCGAAAAAGAAAGUUAAAAUGAAAAAAAAAUAAAGGCCAACAAAAAAAUCAGCGAUUCUCAAAAAAGGAAAAAUAUCAAUAGAAUUUUAUCUCAUAAUUAUAUAGAAUUGCAAAAAAAAAUUCACUCACAAAGAA